CCCCCCGCCGCCCCUCCCGGCCAAUCAGGCGCCGCCGCUCGGGACCCGCCCCUCCCCCGUCCUCGGCCUGCGGGGAGGGGGAGGGGCCGGAAGGGGGAGUGGCCUCGCUGCUGACCACGCCCACCUCGGGCCCCUCCCCCACCCUGGGCAGCUUCGAGAUCGUUCGGAGCCUCGGGAGGGGCUCCAGGGGGGAGGUGCUGGAGGUCCGCCGCCUCUCCGACGGUUCCCGCUUCGCCCUCAAGCGCUCGCUCCGCCCCCUCUCCGGCCCCGCCCAGCGCCGCCAUUGGCUGCGGGAGUGCCACGCCCAGCGGGGGGCGGGGCCUGCGCCGGGGCUCCUCCCCCUGCUGGCGGCCUGGGAGCAGCGCGGUCACUUCCUGCUGCUGACCCCGCUGUGCCCGGCCGGCAGCCUCGGCCACCUCUGGCGCCAGGGGGCCCGGAGGGGCGUGGCCUGGCCCCUGAGGGGCGUGGCCUGGCUCCUGAGGGGCGUGGCUCGGUGCUGGCAGGGCGUGGUCUCGCCCCUGAGGGGCGUGGUUGGGUUUUUGCGGGGCGUGGCCAGUUGGGUUGGGGGGGCUGGGGGCGUGGCUUCCUUCUCUGGGGGCGUGGCUUCAUCAUGCAGAGGCGUGGCUUCCUCUACAGAGGGCGUGGCCUCUGUUUUUCGGGGCGUGGUUUCCUUUUUAAGGGGCGGGGCUUCACCUGCAGGGGUGAUGUCACCUCCUGGGGGCGUGGCCUCAUUCACACCCCCCAGUGCUACCUCGCCAUUGGUCAAUGAGCUCCAAGGGGGCGUGGCCAACUCUACAGACUCUUCCCCACUGGCUAAGCAGCCGCAGGAAGGCGUGGCCGGUCGCAAAGUGGGCGUGGCCGAGCCCAAGGACCAUUCUGGAUUAGCCAAUCAGGUCCAAGGGGGUGUGGUCUACCCCAAAAUGGGCGUGGCUCUGCAAAAAAAGGGUGUGUCCGGCCCCUCUCCGGCCAUGUCCAUUCCCUCUCCGGCCACUUCUGACCCUUUGACCAUGUCCGGACCCUCUCCGGCCACUUUGUCCACCCGGUCAGUGUCCGAGCCCUCUCCGGCCACUUGUGACCCCUCUCCGGCCAUGUCCAGGGGCUCUCCGGCCACUUCUGACCCCUUGACCACUUCUGCCCCGUCUCCGGCCACUUGUGACCCCUCUCUGGCCACUUCUGACCCCUUGACCACUUCUGACCCUUCUCCGGCCACUUUGGCCCCCUCUCUGGCCACUCUGUCCCCCUGGUCAGUGUCCGAGCCCUCUCCGGCCACUUGUGACCCCUCUCUGGCCACUUGUGACCCCUCUCUGGCCACUUGUGGCCCCUUGACCACUUCUGACCCCUCUCUGGCCACUUCUGACCCCUCUCUGGCCACUCUGUCCCCCUGGACAGUGUCCGAGCCCUCUCUGGCCACUUCUGACCCCUCUCCGGCCACUUCUGACCCCUCUCUGGCCACUUGUGACCCCUCUCCGGCCACUUCUGACCCCUCUCCGGCCACUCUGUCCCCCUGGUCAGUGUCCGAGCCCUCUCCGGCCCCUUGUGGCCCCCGUCCCCCCUGCCCGGCCCCGGUGCCCCCCUGGCCGGCCUCGGAGCCGCCGUGCGGCCGGCCCGUGGGCGAGUGGCGGCUCCGCGGCUACCUGUGGGACGCGCUGCUGGCCCUGCGGCACCUGCACGCGCGGCCGCUGGCCCACGGCGACCUCAAGCCCGACAACGUCCUGCUGGACGCGGCCGGGCGCUGCCGCCUCGCCGACUUCGGCCUCAGCGCCGGCCCCGCCGUGGGGGAGGGGCGGGGGGGGCCGGGGGGGGGAGGGGACCCCCGCUACGUGGCCCCCGAGGCGCUGGAGGAGGGGGAGGGGCGGCCGGAGGGCGACGUCUUCAGCCUGGCGCUGACCGUGGCCGAACUGGCCGGAGAGCGGCGACUGCCCGGCGCGGGGGAGGGGUGGAGGAGGCUGAGGAGUGGGGGAGGGGGGCGGCUGCCCCCCGGCAUUGGAGAAG